AUGGAAACCAUUUGGAAGGAUCCUUUCGUCAUUGUUGUGGAUUGUACAUUCUGGACCAAGAAGUUUGAUAUUCGUCUCUCAGUUUUCCUUCAACUUUCUAAACACAUUCCACAAGGUGCAAAGAAGAAUUUACAAGAUAUCUAUGUGGUGAAUCCAAAUAACUUCUUUAACAAGACAACCAAGAAACUUGUUUCAUCUUUAGGAUAUUCUCGUUGGAAGGUAUUGACCGGUGAAUCUUUGGCUGCUGCUGCUGAGAAUGGAAAGACCAAGAAUCCUCUAGAUCUUGCUAAACCAGAACAUUUGUUGUUGUCUCCAAUCACUCAACAAAUCUUUACAAAGAGUGAAAUUGUGUUCAAGGAUGUUCAACUUGUCUUGUCCUCUCAUGUCACUGAAUGUGAAAUUAGACUCUUUGAUCAAUACUUGUUCAUUAUUGUGAAGGAUGAAAAGUUUAUUGGUAACAAACUUGUUUGUGACUGUGUUGAACACAUUCCAGUAACAAAAAUCUCUGAUAUUGCCAUCAAGAAAUCACUCUUUGGUAAGUCUGGAAAGGCCACCAAAGACUUCACAGUCAAGUACAUUGACGACGAAGAUGCUGAAGCAGUUUAUAACUUUAGAAGCCAAACUGUCGAAGAAAGAGAACAAAUCAUGCAAGGAAUUAGAAACUAUGUGGAAAGAAAAUCAAGAGGUACCAAGUCUGCAAAGGAAGUUGAACGUGACUUUAAGAGACUUAAGGUUCAAGAUGUACCAGGACAGCUGCUUGCCAUUUCAUUCUUUAAUCUUGACUCAAAGAGUCCUUCAAUCCGAACAAGCGCGUACUCCUUGCUAACAUCCAUUUUUGAACAAUUGAAACUUCCAAAACAUCCAAUCAUUCUUGAAAGUGACGUUGUAUGCGUUCCAAGAAAUACUGAAACCUUUGUUCUCAGAAUUAGCGAAUAUUUCGCAAGAAACAAACCAGAGUUAACUCUUGAGUUUAUGAAAGAAGCAUUGAAUGCAUUCAAGACCAUCCAAGGAAGCAAAUCGAAACUCAAGUUUGCUUCUUUCAUUUUACCAUGGUUGGAUAAUCUAACACGAUUUGAAAUUUCGCACAAUAGUAGUGAUGAAGCAGAUGAAAAGACAGAAGCAAUCAAAGCAUGGUUUGAGAACUUUACAAAACUUUGUAUUUCCUAUGAAGAUAUUUAUCCAACUCUUCAAGCAGUGUGGAGACAUGCAUGCAAACUUUCUCUCCCAUUGACCAAAAUUGCCAUUGAAAGUGUUCUCAAACAAGGUACCACCGUUGAUAUGUUAAAUGCUGAUCAAUCGGUCAUUGGAGACAUUUUGGAAACAAUUUUAACCAAUGCUCCACCACAAUGGAAUUCUGCUCAGUUUGUCAUUAACAAGAUUAUUGAGCCAAUCAUGACACAAGAACUUCAUAUCGAUCUUCUUCACAAAGCAACUGUGAAGGAAUUGGUCAAAUCGAAGGAUAUUUUGGGAAGACUUCCUGUCUACAUGUCCUAUUUGUUAGUGUUGUCUUUCCAUAGCCAAAUCAAUUUGAUUGACAAUUUACCAUACUUAUUAUUUAUCAUUUCCAUGUUCUUGGGUGUUGGUGCUGACACAUACAUGAGAUCGAUGGCUUAUGGUAUUUGCUCCAACUGUGUGCAUGGUCUUAUUCUAGAAUUGCCUUCGACUGAGCAAUAUGAACCUCUUCGUACCAAGCUCACUAAACUUCACUUGAAGAUGUUGAGUAAGGAUAUUAAAUCAAGUUUCAUGGGAGGAGAUUAUGAACCACAACCAUUUGCUUCCUAUUCUGAUUAUAUUAAUAAGGCAGCUUCUGGAAAUCCAACUUUGGAACAAACCACCAUGUACAAGUAUGAAGAGAUUAUGAGAUACUUUAAAGAAAUUAUGGAAUGUUUCAAUAUUUCUUAUGAAAUCAUUCAACAAAAUAGAAAAAUUCCACCAACCAAGAUUCAACCAACAACUCUCUACGUGUCGGGUGGAAUGACCUCUUCAAAGAUGACUGAGGAAGUGUCUGAUAACUCGAAGGAGAAUAACACUGGACUUGAAGAUGACGGUACUGAGAAUGACAUGACAGAGGGAGAUAUUGAUGAUGAUCACACCACCACUCUCAGUUCUAUUUCUGCCAUUCCUAGUACAAGUACUUCAGAUUUUGUGAAAUCAGGAUCGGAUACCGUUAAUAACGUUUGGUUGAAGAUUUUCACAAAUUUAUGUAAGGACACGAUGAAGACAGCAAACAUUCUUCUCUUCCCCAAGUCACUCAUUGCAUACAGUAUUGUUUCUACCAUGGAACAAUCCUAUGACAUGAUUCCAUUUGUUUUGAACUUUAUUGGUAAGAGAGGAGUUGACACAUUGGCUGAAGACGAUUUGAUGUUGUCUGUUGUGUUAUCCAUCAACCAAUUCUGUACUAAUUUGGUAGUUGAAAAGGAUAGAAUUGAAACUAUUAGAAAAUUAGUUCUCUUUGGAUUCUUGUUAUUGACUGUUGGUAACACCAAGAUUUAUUCUGCCGUGACAAAAAUGUUGAGUACUGUUUUUGGUAUUUUGUUUGAAGCUGGUGACAUUCAUGAUGGUUUCACUUCACUUGGAGAUUACUUCCAAGCUGUCUUCUCAUCUGAGUUCUCUAAAUAUAGAAACUUUACCAAAGAUUUCGAGGAAACUGUUGGAAUAUCAUUUGGAGAACACUUUUCAUUUGCAUUUGCUAUCUUGAUGAUGAAAGGUUUGAGCGUUGAGGACUCAACCAUCAGAAGAGCUUCUAUUUCCUUGUUGAAACAAGUUCUUUCCAUUUCAUCUAAACUUAAAUAUGAACCUCAAAAACAACUUGGAUUUAUUACUGCUCUCAUUCCAUUUGACAAGCAAUAUAAUUCUGUAUUAUAUAGUGAACAACUUUUCACAGACAAGAUGUUCACAAAGGAAACUGUAUUCCUCUUCCAAAAGUAUCUCUUUACCAUUGCUUCCAAUGUUGAUAUUGACAGUUGUGCUUCGAUUUACAAGACUUUGGCAAGAGGAUUUGAAAUUAUUCCUGAUACCUUUGCAGAUGUCUUCCAAGACCACCACAGCAUGUCACAAGUCAUUAAGGUUUAUACUUCAUCACAAGAUGACAGUAUUAUUGAACAUAGUCUUAACUUGUUCAAGAUUAUGAGUAACAAUGCCAAGUCGAAGAAGUUACAAGUCAAGGAACCAUUUGCUGAAUAUGGAUUUAAGGGUUUCAAAGAUCAAUGCACUUUCUCUGGCGUCAAAGAUGAAAUGAAGAAGAAAUGUCAAAAGAAAACAAUUUCCUUCCUUGUGGACAACUUCAAUGAAAAAGAAUAUCCAUCCAUGGACUCUGUUAUCAUUUCCAAGACAGGAAUGAAGAAGAACGUUGUGAGAAACAAUUCCACCCAUUCACCAGUCACAAGACAAAACUCUAGCGGAUUGAUCAAUAAGAAGUAA